AUGUCGCGGGCCCAGCUGUCGCAGCUGCUCCCCCUACCCGACGACGAGCUGCAGCAGGUCCUCGACUACGCCGCGACGCUCUCCAAGCCCGACGCCGCAUCCCACUUUAGCAACCUGCUCGGUGACUCGCCCCUCGCCGUAGACUUUAUCGCAUCCUUCAACGCCCGUCGAGAGGCUCCUUCUGCCACCGAAUCCACUGCAAACAUCACUCCAUCAUCGUCUAGCGCCGUACCAAAGUCGAAGCGCGGCGGUGCCAAGAAGAAAAAGGCGGCGCUGCACACUCCGCAGGCUCGCCUAGUCGAUUCGUACAUUGGGCCGUCCGCGACGGCGUACAGUAAAAAGGACACGGAUCUCGAGUACAUUUCGCAGCGGACGAGCGCGCCGACCAGCAACCAUGCAUCACGGGCCGCUACGCCGCCCUUGACAGCCGCCGCCGCUGCACCGAAGCAGCAUCAACAACAGGCUCCGAAGCAGCACGCCUCGUCCGCCGGCUUCCUCAUCUCCGAGUCCCUCUCCAAGCCCAAGUCUAAAUCCAACCCCAGCACGCGCAGCUCCACGCCGAAGCCUUCUGGAGCGACCAAGAUCACCCUCGCCGGCGGUACUCCCAUGGCCGGGCAGGCCUCGGCCACGGCCGACCUCGACGCCGCCAUCCGCGCCCUCGAGCUCUCUACGAACCCGUCUGUCGACUCCGUUGCCUCUCGCCGCUGCCCCUGCGUCGCUACGCGCCAUCCGCUGCAGACGGCCGCCCCCAACUGCCUCUCCUGCGGCAAGGUCAUCUGCGUCCGCGAGGGCCUCGGCCCCUGCACCUUUUGCGGCACGCCGCUGCUCGCCGCCACCGAGGUGCAGGCGCUCGUGCGCGCACUCAAGGACGAGCGCGGCCGGGAGCGCAUGGCCGCGCACGCGUCCACACAUCGCCGCGCGGAAAUCUCCCAGAAACCCGCGCCCUUUUCCCAGCCCCGCGGCAACUUUGGCACCGCUGUCGUCGAGGCCGGCCCGUCGCUCGCAGAAGCCAGCGCCGCGCAGCAGGCGGCGCGCCAACACCGCGAUAAGCUGCUCAACUUUCAGGCGCAGAAUGCGCAGCGCACGACGGUCCGCGAUGAGGCGUCCGACUUUGACGUGACAGCGGCGCGCGCAGGCACCGGCGGCAACAUGUGGGCCAGCCCCGAGGAGCGCGCGCGCGAGCUCAAGCGGCAGCAAAAGAUUCUCCGCGAGAUGGAGUGGAACGCGCGGCCAGAGUACGAGAAGCGGCAGCAGGUUAUGAGCAUCGACCUCGUCAACGGGCGCGUCGUACGGAAGAUGGCUCCCGUCGAGCGUCCACGCACGCCCGAAGAGGAUUCGAACGGGCAGGAGACAAUUCUCUCACAACACGCGGCGCUCACGAGUAACAGAGACGGCGGCGCGUUUAGCAGCAAUCCGCUGCUUGGCGCGCUCAUGAAACCCGUCUUCACGCCAAGCAAGGGCAAGGAGACGGCCACGGCCGCGACAGCCGAUGCUGCCGAUGACGAGGGCGGGAAGGAGGCGGCGAGACGGCGGCGAGAACGGCGCAAGGGCUGGCGCAGGGUGCAGGAUGAUCAGGAUGACAAUGAGGGGCUGAUUCUGGACGGCGGCAUCCACGGGCAUGCGAUUGGUACGGCCGGCGACGAGCCAGAGUGCGGAUAA